AUGCUUGUGGAGAAACUGGCUGCCCACAGUUUGGAUGCAUACACUCUGCUGAGUGAAAUGCUGGAUGGAUGGCCGGCCCAAAGAGUUGUGGUCAAUGGAGUUAAAUCUAGUUGGCAGCCAAUAAUGAGUGAUGUCCCCCAAGGCUUGGUACUUGGGCCACUUCCGUUUAACAUCUUUACUAAUGAUCUUGGUGAGGGGAUUGAGUGCACCCUCAGUAUAGCAUAUCUGAGUGGAAUGUGCAGUGAAAAACGAAAAUGUAUUAUUGCAGAGGACAAUGGUCUGAAUCUUGCUUUUACCAUUGCCCACGAGAUGGGUCACAAGCCCGUCGUCGCCCUGCCCGGCGUGGACGACUCCUACCCGCCGCAGAAGAAGUCUUUCAUGAUGAUCAAGUACAUGCACGACCACUACCUGGACAAGUACGAGUGGUUCAUGCGGGCGGACGACGACGUCUACAUUAAAGGUGAAAAAUUGGAGGACUUUCUUCGUUCACUGAACAGCAGUGAGCCUCUGUAUUUGGGACAGACUGGUCUGGGUAACAUUGAAGAACUUGGGAAGCUGGGACUUGAGCCUGGAGAGAAUUUUUGCAUGGGAGGGCCAGGAAUGAUCUUCAGCCGGGAGGUUCUGAGGAGGAUGGUGCCACACAUAGGUGAAUGCCUUCGUGAGAUGUACACCACUCAUGAAGAUGUGGAGGUGGGCAGGUGCGUCCGAAGAUUUGGAGGAACGCAGUGUGUUUGGUCCUAUGAGAUGCAGCAGUUGUUCCAUGAGAACUAUGAACACAACCGCAUGGGUUAUAUUCAAGACCUUCACAACAGCAAAAUUCACACAGCUAUAACACUUCAUCCAAACAAAAGGCCAGCCUACCAAUACAGGCUGCACAAUUACAUACUGAGUCGCAAAAUUUCCGAACUGCGCUAUCGAACCAUUCUUCUCCAUAGGGAACGUGCCCUCAUGAGCAAGCUCAGUAACAGCAAAGUAACAAAGGAAGAUCAGCAACUGGGAGUGAUACCAUCUUUCAGUAAUUUCCAGCCACAUGAAAGAUCUGAAGUCAUCGAGUGGGAAUUCCUGACAGGAAAAUUUCUUUACUCAAUGGUAGAAGGCCAACCACCCCGGCAGAGUGUGAACAGUGUCCUGCGGGCUGCGCUAGAUGACACUGUGAUGCAAGUCAUGGAAAUGAUAAAUGAGAACUCUAGGUCUAGAGGAAGACUGAUUGAUUUCAAGGAAAUACAAUAUGGAUACCGCAGGGUGGAUCCUAUGCAUGGGGUGGAGUACAUCCUGGAUUUAUUACUCUUGUACAAAAGACACAAAGGAAGGAAAGUUACAGUUCCAGUGAGACGUCAUGCUUUCCUUCAGCAACUGUUCAGCAAACCUUUCUUCAGAGAAGCAGAAGAACUAGAUGUAAGAAGCCUGCUGGAGGAUACCAAUACUGACACACAGUCUUUCUCUCUUCUUUCAAAUUCUUUAAAGAUUUUUUCUUCAUCAUUCCAAAGCACCAAAGACAUUGUGGGACACAGUGACAAAAAAAUACAUAUUCUUGUCCCUCUUGCAGGAAGAUUUGACAUUUUCUCAAGGUUUAUGGAAAACUUUGAGAAGACUUGUCUGAUUCCCAGACAGAAUGUAAAGUUGGCAAUAAUUCUCUUCAGUUCUGAGUUAGGACAGGACUCCAGUAAACACAUAGAGCUGAUGAAAGAAUAUAGCAUUAAGUAUCCUAAAGCAGAUAUGACCCUAUUUCCUGUGGCAGGAAAGUUUUCCAGAGGUUUAGGUCUUGAAAUGGCUUCAUCCCAGUAUGACAAUGGCACUUUGCUAUUGUUCUGUGACGUAGAUCUGAUAUUCACACCAGACUUCCUACAGAGAUGCAGAGAAAACACUAUUCAGGGAGAACAGGUUUACUACCCUAUCAUCUUCAGCCAGUAUGAUCCAAAGGUAGUAUAUGGAGGCAACCCUCCAGCUGACAGUAGUUUUAUUUUCACAAAAAGAACUGGGUUUUGGAGGGAAUAUGGAUUUGGAAUUACGUGUAUUUACAAAAGUGACCUACUUACUGCUGGUGGAUUUGAUACCUCAAUUCAAGGCUGGGGUCUUGAGGAUGUAGACCUCUAUACUAAAGUGAUAACAUCGGGCUUGAAGGCUUUUAGAAGUCAAGAAGUAGGGGUUGUUCAUAUUUUUCACCCAGUUCAUUGUGACCCCAGUUUAGAUCCAAAACAAUACAAAAUGUGCUUAGGAUCCAAAGCAAGUACAUUUGCUUCAACCAUGCAGCUCGCUGAACUCUGGCUAGAGAAACAUUGGGGUGUCAGAUACAAUCGAACUGUCUCCUGACAUCCCAGCCCAUUUGGCCUUUUAAGGGGAGUUUACCUCAUUGUUUUUUUAUUUUGAUGUUGUAUUUUUAAACUCCCUUCUCUUUGUCUUCCAAAGACUGCUGACCUCAAACAAGAUGAGUCUGCUGUUCACUGAUGUUUCUUAUACCUACUGAACUGGUUAGGUGUACUCUUUCAGAUUUCUUUUAUUCGAAAAUCAGUCAAAUCAUGGCAAUCACAUGAUCUCAUGGAGCAUAUCCAUCACAAGAGACUACAUCAGAAGAAUAUUCUUUUUGGCUUUAGGAUACAGUAUCAUCUUUGUUGCAUUUUUCAGACUUGAUGUGAUACAAAUAUUUAAUAGUGAAGGUACCACAAAAGUGCUUUAUGCUUCUUCUGGGGAUGGAACUUUGUUAGAUAAACUUGAGUUUUAUAAUUUAUAUGAGGACUUAUAUGUAUAAACACUACUUUUCUUCAUCUUUAGAGUUUUUAAAGUAAGCGAAUAACUAUGAUUGUACCUUUAUUUUUAAAAAGAAAGAAAAACUGAGGAGUUACUUGCAAAUGCAACUGGUACUGGCUACCAAGUUACCUUAAACGUCUUAUUAGAAUAACAAACUCCUCAAUGUUCUUCACUCUAAGCGUAAAUGAACUUUAUUUUCACAAGGAAAGGAAUUUAAUCAAAUCCUCAUAUACAUUUUAGGAGAUUUGUGAACCAGUGUUCUUCAUUUGCAGACAAGAAGCUAUGACAUAACAUGGUUAUUUAUGAUAAAGUGCAGGCAAACAACAUUCUUUUUUUGAAACACUUAAGUUGGGGCUUCUCUUUUUAGAAUGAAUCUCUAAUAUAUAAUUUUCUUUUACAUUCCUCUCAUAAACUGCACUAUAUAGAGAGCGUUAGAAGUUAAAGCUGUAUCUUUUUUUUUAUGUUUUCUGUGAAUAUUGGUACUCAGAAACAAUUUGUUGUUAAAAUUAAAAUAAUUGUAGAAUAAUUAUUUAAGUUUCAAAAUUUAUAAUUGCUGGUCAAAAUUCCUUACCAAUAUAUUUAUAUUAGUGGAGGUUUUAGGUCUGUGUUAAAAUCUAUCUCUCUGGACAGCCUGAUGUUGUCAUAUUACUGAUUUAUGGAGUAAUGUAUUUAAAAUGAUAUCAACUUAAGAAAUAAUGAAAGCAACUUUUUGUAUUUUAAGAAAUGUUUA